GCAGUAGAGUUAUGUAUACACUAUUAGCAUGAGCUAAUGUUACUUUUCAUUCAAGACUUUGACCUCCAGCCUCACAACAACCAACAAAAUGGUCAAUCUCGGUCUCACCAAAGUGGACGAUGCGCUGGCUGCUAAACACCCGGGUUUAGGGAGUUAUGCUGCCUGCCAGUCUCAUGCCUUCAUGAAGGGGACUGGAAGCUUCAUACUUGGUAUGGCUGGGUUUUUUGCAAUUCAGAAGGCUCUCCAGAGGAAACUUCCUUACCCUCUUCAGUGGAACAUACUCAUUUCAGUAGUGGCGUCAUCAGUAGGAAGUUAUGCAGUGACUCGCUGGGAAACACAGAAAUGCUCCGACCUUUGGUUGUUGCUAGAAACGGGCGAGGCCCCAGACAGAUCGCCACCACCAGUGUCUAAACCAGAGGAAUCGAAAGGACGUGAGAAGACAAAAUAUGGCGACAUUAUGGAAUAAACACAUAGUUUUAAACCUGUGCAUCUAAUAUAUUUGUAGUAUAUAUAUAUCACUACAUCUUUUCAGAAAAUGUACCAUGAUGGAGAUAUGCAGAUAAGCUGGGCGCUUGGUGUGAGAUAGCGCAUGCUGUAUUUAAAAGCAUCCCUGUGUUUUUUCUCCCUUUAUUUCUGCAAUACACCACAUGAAUGAAAUGUCUUUUUCAGUUUCAUAACAGCAUUACUGUGUGGAUUAACAGAUGGGUUUCCUGAAUCAGAGGUCAGGAAUUACUUUGGAUUUUGGGGGGAAUCCAAUGUAAAGCUUGUGAUUCAGUAUUAUUAUUUGGAUGCAUUUGUUUGACAUGCAACAGAAUUAAUACUGCAUUGCCAAAACCAGACACUAGUUGUCACUGUAUACCUCAUGGGAUUUGCAGCUGUAUGUUGUAGUCACUGGUGGCCCAUCCAAACCAGUAAAUGACCUGUUUUCAAGCAUAUGAUCUAAAUUAUACAUUGAUCAUUUUAAUCAUGUAUGCCUUAGACUACAGAGAGCAAAUCAUGGUGGAAUAAUUCAUCCUUUUAAAUCAAUAAAUGUUCGUAGCUGUUUAAUAAAACGCUCAGGGCAGCAGUGUAAUCCACAUGAAACCAUUUACUGUUGCUGCUUUAAGCCACUGCAUGUUCAUUCAUCCGUCUUCAGCUCAGUGAUGCUGUAAUGAACCCUGCCAUGUCUCAGGAUGACUAAAUUUUUAUCCAGUUUGGAUUUAUAUCAAUUUGGCAUCUGUGCUAAAAACACAAAUUCCAUGAGGUUAGGUGCUAAUUUCUAAUGGCAGUGGCAUGAGCAGUCAGGAAGAUAAAAAGAUGUGAUGGAAAAUGUAGAAGUCAUUGCAAUUCAAUAUUUGCAGUUUUUUGGGGGUUGUUUGGAAAGAAAUUGUCACUGGAAUGCAGUGAACAUAAGAACUGAGUAGAAUAAAGAAAUAGUGAGAACUUAAAGUGACGUGUUUCUAUAUUAACUCUAUUCUCAGUGGGGAAUUUUUAGGUCUA